CUCGAGAGACGUUGUCUGCAUUCGCCUCUUCGGAGUCUCCCACAUUCACUUCAUGGUGGCGCCUCUUCCUCUUGCUAGCUAGCCCUGCAUUCUCCAGGAUUUAAGUAGAGUCUGAACCCUGUUCCCCCGAGUGUUCCACCUUGUUUGCAAUGCAGCAUUUGUUGUUCCACCAAAGAAGAGGCAGUUGUGGUGCCUCUCUCCGGAGUUAGCACCACCUUUGGAACCAAGCCCGUUGCUGGAACGCUUGUACAGAUGGGAAGCCGCGUAGCACAGGGUUUUUUUGGAGCUUUGGGGCAUGGCAUAUGGGGUAUGCCUAGGAAUGACGCCAGUGUCGUGAGCAGGUGCGGGAGCGAGCACAGUUUGGCAGUAGUGCAGUUGGCACGUAUUCGUCUUCCAAUUCCGUGUCUUACACAGAGUUAUAAUGGACGUAAGCAGAUGGCUUUGAUGCCCGCUGUCCGCCAUCGAAACAGGAAGGGCUUUCACUUGACACCGCCUCAGUGCAGUACCUCAGCACGUGAGCACCUGCAGCCGCCGGAGGCAGCUCGCACAGACAGCAUUGCGGGAGACACUAAGCCUAACGGAGAAAGAAGUGAUGGUUAUGCUCCCAAGUCUUCUGACGAUGAAGGCCGUGCAAGUCGGAAUGGGGGGGCGAGCACCAGUGGGAGAGGAGGCCAGCAAACUCGGAGACCCCCCGUCACUUGGCGGCGGCGAAAAGCUGACGAACCGCUGGGUUGGAGAGCGGGGCUUCCAAAGGAGGUGGUAGAGACGAUGGCGCUGCUGCGGCGGGAAAGGGAUCCAGAAACAGUCAAAGCGCUUCUGCUCCGGUUGGAGCGGGUCUCCCGGGGGCUGGUGGUGAACACGCUCGACGAGUUUGAGAGGAGGGGGGAAGCGAGAUGUUGCAUCAUGGUUCUGCGAUUCAUCCUGGAUCAAGGGAACUACUGGCACGAAUCAAAACUCGUGAACAAGGUCACGAGCCUGCUGGUCCGACUGAAAUCCUGGACUGCGCUCGACGCCCUCUUAGAAGAAGUACGGACUCAGCGCGUGGAGUUAGACGUCCCCACUUAUAACUCACUGCUCAAAGGCUAUGCCGCGAGUCAACGACCCGAGCAGGCAGUGAAGCUCUUAGAGGAGAUGACGGCAGCGGGCCUGCAGCCGGACGCGAUAACCUAUAGCGGUCUGAUGAGCGCUUAUGUGAAAGCAGGGGACAUCGGGAGCGCGGCGCGGUUGUUGGACGACAUGAAGGCGUCCGGGGUUCGUCCGAACGCCUUCCAUUUCAGUCUGCUCGUACAUGCGUAUGCGAGGGCCGACGAUUUAUUGGGGGGCUUGGCGAUCGCGAGCAAGAUGGCGGACGAGAAGGUUUUGCCGGAUCGGGUGCUCUACAAUUCGCUGAUCAACCUGCACUGCAAGGCGGGGAGCCCGUUGGAAGCGCUCGAGCUCCUGAAGGAAAUGACGGAAAUUGGGCUGCACCCGAAUAACACCAGCUAUACGAAAGUGUUGGAGGGGCUUGCGAAGCUCGGUCAAGGAGCGGAGGCGGAGGAGGUCCUGAAACUGGCGGCCACGGGUAGUUUGCAGCCAAGUCUUUCGAUGUACAGUCUAGUAGCGAGGGCGCACACGAAGUCAGACGACUUGGCUGCCGCGCGAGGUGUCCUUCGAAGGGUGAUCGAUGCGGGGAUCACCCUCGACCCGGACCAUAUUGCCUUUGGCACUUUCGGUUUCUUGGUGAGGGAGUACGUUAGGAAAGGGGAUGUAGGUACGGCAGAGGACGUGUUGCAGCAAAUUCGGACAGCUUGUGCGUCCAAUAAUGGAGGUGCAAUUGGCCUCCUCCAAGCACUGGUAGACGAGUCGAAAACUGCAACACAGGUGCAAGUGAUAUAGAACAAAACGGAUCCCGUUGAGAAAACUGAUCCAACCAUCAACAUUACGAAUUACAGAAGCAGAAUGCUUUUCAAUAAAAUCGAUUCGACGAGUCUGGCACGAGCCUAGCCAUCCGUCUCACCAGGUUUUCACUUCUAGGGA